AUGGGACACAAAGCCUUUCUGCAAGAUAUUGCAGAUGCGGCAAUUCCUGGUCGGUUCUCCUGUCUGUCCGAUAUCAAAACAGGGGAUUACGAUGAAUCAAUUGCCUUCACAUUCACAGCACCUGAGGCAAGUCUCACCCUUGACCUCCAGGCCAUAGUCUCAGACUCGCAGAAUUAUCCCAAGGACCAUAGCUUUUUGGUCUUCUCGUCGUCCGAGAACUGUCCUAAGCUAGUCACCUCCUCCCUGGAAAAUGCGGUGCCCCUUUUCACAAGCAUAACAAUCCAUGACUUGUUGAGCAACAUUGAGGAGAUUAUCACCAACUCUAUGGUCGAUCCUGAUUCGGCUUUCAGUCACCCAGAGGACCCAGGCACUCCUGACUUCAACGACGAUGAGUCAUCUGGCAAUGACACCGAGCCUGACUGGGAUCUUGAUAAUGAAAGCACAAUAUUUACACCCACUCAAAGUGAAAGUGAGCUACGGGGAAAGAUUUGCCGCGACCUUCGUGUGGUCAAAAACGCGGGAUUCAAAGUGGGAUACCUGGGAUCAAAACAUGGCAUCAUCAUUGUAUCAAUCUCUUGCCGCAUUUCUAAGCUUGGAAUUUCCGAGGAAGCUAUGAAUGCCUGGAGUGUUGAGCCCUCGGAGUAUUUGGUAUUGCUGAUCCGCUAUCGGCCGACCUAUCUUGAUCUCCAAACAGUUAUCGAGACAGCAGGUGAUUCAAAGAACAUACGGGUCCAGAUGCAUGUUGGCCUCUGUAAUUCAUACAAGCCAUCAUUCGAGCAUGCUGUAGACGUCAUAAACGGAUCACAGGAUCAACAGACGACAGGAAUAACUACAACUUCGGACAAAACAAUGUGUGGUUAUCUUCUCAGGCCGCUGUUCAUUGGAAGAUCGCUCAAUCUACUUCUCGGAGAACGACUGCUUGGAAUCAUCAACCUUCGACUACAGUAUGGGUUUUCAUGGACAGGGGCAGAGAUUUUCUUCCAGGCCAACCAAGGCAGGAUUCAUGACAGCUCGGAGAUCUCUCCCGAGUAUUAUCAGUCGGACAACUGGGCUACCUCGACGCAAGACAUCCUUGCAGCCGAUCAUUUCACUGAGCCGGAUCGUGAUAUUUCUAAUUUGUCUUUGCCUCUUCUUGCCAUGCAGUUUAGCCUACGCCAUUUUAUCAAAUGCACGGAGUUCUGCCUAGUUUGUCACUGCAAGACUGGUGAUACCUUUGAAGCACUGAAGCCAUAUGUCUGCUCCAACGAGCUGUGCUUGUAUCAAUACAUGGCGCUGGGCCUGGGCCCAAGCCUUGAAUAUGAGAUCCGCUCCCAGCCAUUUGUCGUUGAUGUGCUGACCAGCCUGGCAUACGUGAGGGCUUCCAGCAUAGUUGAAGACUUCCCUACUGGUCUUCGGUUACGCGUGCCUGCAAAAUUGUUCGCAGAAACAGAUGCAGAUCGUACUGCGCGUUAUAUUGGGCGAUUAAAUGCAACCAAUCUUGAGAUUCAGUUGGAAAAGCCAACUCCGGUCAAAGUUGGUGAUUGGAUUGUCAUCAUUGUCGGAGAAAAAAAAACAGAAGAAUGGCAUUGUCGUGUUAAACACGUCGGUGAGACCUCGAAUCAUAUUCUCUUCUCACUACCAAUUAAGGAAGGUCAUCAACUGCAGCCAGAAGACCUACAGGCUCCGCCUCAAGAAGUGAAACUUGUCGUUUACGACACCAACCUGGAUGAUCUGGCACCAUUCCAAAAACAGCGGAUGAUUUCUUGUCUAUUGGGCAUGCUCCCUACUAUUGAGGAAAUGAAAACCUUUAUCGAAAGCCAUGAAAGGGGCAAGCUUCUUUCAUCAUGGAAGGACGUCAUAUCUCCUGCUGGAUUGGACCUUUUACGCUGGGUCGUCGCUUCGAAUCGGUCUUUCAUCAAAGAGGAUGACGAUAAAGCUGGGAGUCAGAUACUCGGAACGUGCGGUUACAUCCAAUUCAGACUUGUUCAAGGUGCUGCCGACAAAGAGCAGCGGUUUAUCGACGCUGUCAAUUUACAUUCCUUGCCCGAUAAUCCCAAACACCCUACAAUAUUCGCUUGGCACGGCAGCUCUGUGAAUAAUUGGCACAGUAUUCUACGUGAGGGGUUUCACUUCAAGCACAUUGCCCAUGGCCGCGCCUGUGGUGAUGGCGUUUACAUGUCAAACAAUUUCUACACUGCAUUAGGAUACACUACUUCACCUCCUCCCAUGUGGUACGCCGCCGAUAACCGACUGAGGCUCUCGACGGUGCUUUCACUGAACGAGGUCGUCAAUGCUCCCCGAAAGUUUGUUGCUCAGACUCCACACUACGUCGUCCAACACUUAGAUUGGAUCCAGCCAAGAUUCCUUUUCGUUAAGCUCGAAGAUUUGACAGUACCUGGCAGCAGCACGGCGGGGCCAAUGUAUGCCUCUACAUACAAGGGUGUACGUAGCUCGAAAUCACAGUCAUCAUCUUACAAACAUGAUGAAAGCCUGUUGUACGAACAAGAUGAACGUUAUCAGGCUUCAGGACCCAGCGGACGCCCGAUUAGCAUUCCCCUCUCGAUAUUCAGCGGCCAACGGGGGGCAAUUCUUCGUGCUGCUGCUACGGAAGCAGGGACUGUGUCCCUUGUGGAGUCACCUAAGAGACGCAAAUGUUCGGUCGAGAGUACUGAACAAUGUGAUAAUGACGAUAACGUUAGCAUUCAGACGACUAUGGAAGACCUCAGCAUUCUUUUAUCCGACGAUGAAAUGUGUGAAGGUCUCCAAGUUCUCAGCAUGCAACAAAGAGCUGUUUCGGAACCUGAGCUCAAGACUGAUUUUCGACCCGGAACCCUGCAGGACAGUUCUUUGCCUACACUUUCUCCACCCCAGUUUGCAACGACCUCAGCCACGAAGAUGCUGCAACAUCAUCUUCAGGCUACCCUCAAAAUCCAGGAGCAAGUGCCACUCCACGAGCUCGGGUGGUAUGUCGACCACAGUUUGAUUACGACGGUCUACCAGUGGAUCGUGGAGUUACAUACAUUUGACCCAACCCUCCCACUGGCACAAGACCUCAAAGCCAUUGAUCAAAAAAGCAUUGUCUUGGAGCUCCGAUUCCCACAACAAUUCCCCAUGGAUCCACCCCUUGUUCGAGUCAUCCGUCCUCGUUUCCUUGAGUUCGCUGCUGGAGGCGGCGGGCACGUUACCGCCGGUGGUUCUAUGUGCAUGGAACUGCUUACGCACUCUGGCUGGCUACCGACGGCUUCAAUUGAAAGUGUGCUAUUGCAGGUUCGCAUGGCUAUUACCAACACCGAUCCGAAACCUGCGCGCCUGAACCUACAUUCUCCAGGGGACUAUUCAGUGGGUGAGGCGGUGGAAGCCUACAGAAGAGUUGCAAUGGCACAUGGAUGGGAAAUCUCCAAGGAUAUCGGGCAACUUGUCUGGUAA